AUGUCGUGUGCCGAAGCCCAGCAUAGCACGUUUCUUGGGCACACGAGCACUUGCGACCACUUUGGCACGAUGGCAAGUACCCCUCUCAGUGCGAGACCUUCAAGAACUACAGGAGAAACACCCGCUUUGCUCCUCCGCCUUCUGCCUUCCCCCACCAGUCUGCCUUGUCUCGCCCCAAAGUUCAUGCCCGAGACCGCCAGAGAGCUCUAUACAGCCAGCUGCAACCCUUCUCGACGUGCGAAACGGGACUCCAUCUCGACUCUUGUCGAUACGCCGGCGAUCCCCUCUCAACCCCGCCCAAUUCUACCCAUGAAGCCCUACGCUCCACGUCAGACGACGACGCUGGUAGACCCGCCACCGGUACCAGCUCCCGCCAAACGCGGCCGGAAACCAGGACCCUUGUCUAGGACCGCUCGUGAGGCGCAGCGCCGUCUCAACCACUCCAUCAUCGAGAAGGCCAGGCGAACCAAGAUCAACGACGCUCUCGCGACCUUGAAGCAGCUUGUGCCGCCCGAUUACGGCCAGAAAAAGAAGCCCGAGGAGCACGCGGAAGACGACGAGGACGAUGAAGAUGACGACGACUAUACCGGCGGCGCGAAGAAAAAGCUAAAGCCCAAGGGCAAAAAGGAAGAAAAAGAAAAGGAAUUCAAACUGGAAAUUCUCGUCCGGACAGUUUCCUUCCUCCAAGAUCUCCUCCAGCGCGUUGAGGUCCUCGAAGCCGGCUCUGGCGCUCCUCCAGUCUGCCCUAAUUGCAGCAACGGCACGAAGGAUCCAAAGAAACGCAAGCGUGCCGACGAGAACGACGAGGACGUUGUUGUCGUCGGUGAAGAGCGAACCGCGAAAUUUCCUCGUAUUUCAUCCAAGCCAUCUUCACCCCCAGACGCAGCAUCCACACUUCCCUCACCUCAUCUGCAAGCCGCUGCUGCUCAACCUGACGCCCGUCUGCCAUCUAUUUCUUCUUGGUUACCUAACUCUGCCAUCGAUCCGCAGCUUUUACCCCAGGCCAACCUAAACCCAUCUCCUCGACUUAACUCAUAUCUACCCUCGCCGCCCUCGUCAACGCACUUUGAUCCCGUACGUUCGUCGCAAAUCCCACCCGUGCUCAGCCUAGGGCCGGUCGCGACAGCUGCGAUGAUGCCCAAGCGACCCAAAUCGUUGCGUGCCCCCAGUUCGACUCCAAGCCCAACACUCAACGCCUCGGCAACCUCAUCAGCAGCACGUACGCCGGAGGAUGAGUCCGCCGCGUCGCUCUUACUCCAGAUUGCCACCUCGCCCUCGUUCCGCCCUGUCGCGAUGGGCAGCACGGCGUACGCCCUCCCAGAUCCGACCAACUUCUCACUGCACUCCGACAUGCGCUCGCAGCGAGACGCGCAGCAGGCUGUUAGGCAGGCGCAGACACCCGGGUCCAUCCUUGGGCUGACGCCCGAUCGACUGAAAAGACCGUUCUGA